AUGGCGGGCGGUGGAGAGUUUCGCUGGAAGAUCUGGCUGAGGAGUUGGGGAGGGGACGUGUUUAACAGCGGCGAGGCAGCACUGCGGGUUCGCAGCAGUGGAAUGACGAGCAGAGAGACGGACGUCCCUUUGGAAAUAGGAGCUUAUAACGGAACGAGCAAUAUUGAGUACGGGGGCGGACUGGAGAUUGUAACGGGGGGAAGAGCAUUGAGCGUCCCCUUUACAGGUUGGCUUCCUAUCGUGCACAUACGGCGCUGUGCAACUCGUUACCGGGCCAUUCUUCAUGUCACGGUGAGAGAAGAGAGACCCGGGGGAGGGGGGAGAGAGGGGGGGAAGGCGAGGGGAGGGGGAGGGGGAGGAGAGGGGGAGGGGGAGGAUUACUCAUGGCUAGGGCAGAGCACCGGCGUGAAUAGGCACAGCCGUGCCAAAAACCACUGGGUAGGGGCAUCUCCUCCUCUCAUCAUCUCCUCCUCUCAUCAUCUCCUCCUCUCAUCAUCUCCUCCUCUCAUCAUCUCCUCCUCUCAUCAUCUCCUCCUCUCAUCAUCUCCUCCUCUCAUCAUCUCCUCCUCUCAUCAUCUCCUCCUCUCAUCAUCUCCUCCUCUCAUCAUCUCCUCCUCUCAUCAUCUCCUCCUCUCAUCAUCUCCUCCUCUCAUCAUCUCCUCCUCUCAUCAUCUCUCCUCUCAUCAUCUCCUCCUCUCAUCAUCUCCUCCUCUCAUCAUCUCCUCCUCUCAUCAUCUCCUCCUCUCAUCAUCUCCUCCUCUCAUCAUCUCCUCCUCUCAUCAUCUCCUCCUCUCAUCAUCUCCUCCUCUCAUCAUCUCCUCCUCUCAUCAUCUCCUCCUCUCAUCAUCUCCUCCUCUCAUCAUCUCCUCCUCUCAUCAUCUCCUCCUCUCAUCAUCUCCUCCUCUCAUCAUCUCCUCCUCUCAUCAUCUCCUCCUCUCAUCAUCUCCUCCUCUCAUCAUCUCCUCCUCUCAUCAUCUCCUCCUCUCAUCAUCUCCUCCUCUCAUCAUCUCCUCCUCUCAUCAUCUCCUCCUCUCAUCAUCUCCUCCUCUCAUCAUCUCCUCCUCUCAUCAUCUCCUCCUCUCAUCAUCUCCUCCUCUCAUCAUCUCCUCCUCUCAUCAUCUCCUCCUCUCAUCAUCUCCUCCUCUCAUCAUCUCCUCCUCUCAUCAUCUCCUCCUCUCAUCAUCUUCUCCUCUCAUCAUCUCCUCUCAUCAUCUCCUCCUCUCAUCAUCUUCUCCUCUCAUCAUCUUCUCCUCUCAUCAUCUCCUCCUCUCAUCAUCUCCUCCUCUCAUCAUCUCCUCCUCUCAUCAUCUUCUCCUCUCAUCAUCUCCUCCUCUCAUCAUCUCCUCCUCUCAUCAUCUCCUCCUCUCAUCAUCUUCUCCUCUCAUCAUCUUCUCCUCUCAUCAUCUCCUCCUCUCAUCAUCUUCUCCUCUCAUCAUCUUCUCCUCUCAUCAUCUCCACAUCUCCUCAUUUUCCCAUCUCCUCAUCUCCUCCUCUCCUCAUCUCUCCAUCUCCUCCUUCUCCGUGUGCUACUGGGCAUCACCAAGCACAGCAUGA